GCAUAUAAUUUGCAAAUUUUUAUAAAACAAAUAAAAUAGUUACCUACUACCCUUUAUUUAAAGCCUAAAUUUCAUCACGAAAACAACGAUAAAUUGCAUAAAUAGUGAUUUAUUUUAUAAAUGUCGAAACAUUUGUAAAUAAUGUAUGUUUAAAUUGUUACAUUUAAUUCAAAAACAUUAUAAAAACAAUCAGCGCAUAAAAGCAUUUUUGAAAUUUUUAUAACCUGCAUUUUUGUUAUUGGAAAUCCAUGCGGCUAUGUGCACCUAUUAAAUAUACAAUUAAAAUUAAUUAAGUAAAUUGGACGAAAUUUAAGUUGAAUGAUCAAUUGUAGUUUUAAUUAUUUAAGCUGUUAUUUAAGUGAUCACCACAAAGGAAAAUGGAAAAUGAAUUACCAUCUCCUAGUGAAAUGGCAUUGAUUACUCCUAUGAGUGAGACUUUGCCAAAUAUUUUGGAAGAAAAACGUGAAGGCGAAACCCAAUCUGAUAAAGUACAUCUUAAGAAACAACUUGGUUUAUUGGAAGGUGUAGCAAUAAUAUUAGGAAUAAUUUUUGGUUCCGGUAUUUUUAUAUCCCCUAAAGGCGUAAUUCGUGAAGUUGAUGCAGUUGGGACAUCUUUAAUAAUAUGGAUUUUAUGUGGUUUUUUAUCAAUGAUAGGUGCUCUUUGUUAUGCGGAGCUUGGAACUUCGAUACCAAAAUCUGGGGGAGAUUAUGCGUAUAUUUUUGAGGCAUAUGGCUCUCUUCCGUCGUUUCUUUAUUUAUGGGAUGCAAUGAUGAUAUUUGUGCCUACAACAAAUGCCAUUAUGGGAUUGACAUUCGCUUCUUAUGUUCUAAAACCAUUUUUUGAUGAUGAAUGCAAAAUUCCGGAUGGCGCUUUACAACUUAUCGCAGCUGUUACUAUAUGCUUUUUGACUUAUCUAAACUGUACAAAUGUCAGAGCAACUACCAAAAUGCAAAAUAUUAUAAUGUUUACAAAGAUUGCUGCCCUUGUUCUUGUAAUAUUGGUUGGAGUAGUUUGGAUGGCAAUGGGACAUACGGAAAAUUUCGACAAACCAUUUGAAGAUACUGAAACUGAUCCCGGAAAAUUGUCGGUUGCCUUUUAUUCUGGAAUAUUUUCAUAUGCUGGAUGGAAUUACUUGAAUUUCAUGACAGAAGAGUUGCGCGAACCUUAUAAGAAUUUACCCAGAGCAAUUUAUAUUUCGUUACCUUUAGUAACUGGCAUAUAUGUUUUAGCAAAUAUGGCUUAUUUAGCAGUUUUAACGCCACAACAAAUGAUUGCCUCCGAAGCUAUAGCUGUGACAUUCGGGCAAAAAGUUAUGGGGGUAUGGUCAUUUGCCAUCCCAAUUUUGGUAGCUAUUUCUGCAUUUGGUGGUCUAUCAGUUCAUAUUAUGACUUCGUCUAGAAUGUGUUUCGUUGGUGCGAGAAAUGGUCAUAUGCCUGCAAUCUUAUCACAUAUUAAUGUAGAAAAAUUUUCUCCAACACCUUCAUUAAUAUUUUUGUGUAUGUUAUCUAUAGUUAUGCUUGUUAUAAGUGAUGUUCACGUAUUAAUUACGUAUUGCAGCAUAGUUGAGUCAUUUUUUAUAAUGUUAACAGUAUCUGGCGUUUUGUGGUUUAGAUACAAAAGGCCUAAUAUGGAAAGACCUAUUAAAGCACCACUUUGGGUUCCAAUAGUUUUUGUUUUAAUAUGUGCUUUCCUAGUUAUUGUUCCUGUAUAUGUUGCACCAUUUGAAGUUGGAAUUGGUGUUUUUAUCACAAUUAUUGGGGUGCCUUUCUAUUUUGUAGGAGUUGUAUGGAAAGAAAAACCCGAAUGGUUUAGUGAAAAUGUUGGUGCUAUAACAAUCACAUUGCAAAAAUUAUUUUUAUCUGCCAAAGAAGAAAAAGACUGAGUUCACAUUUUUAGUCUCUAAACUCAUUGCCAAAGGACAUUUAUUUUGAAUUAAGUUACAAAGUGUUGCCUGCAGCUCUUGAAAUUUAUUAAAGAAUGUUUCUUUAGUUUCGCGAAAUAUUGAAUUACACAAAAAAGUAAAUUAGAAGAAUCUCAGUUGACGCUUCAAGUUUUUAAUUGACAAAUUUGAUUAUGUGCCAUAUGACGAAAAAAUUUAACUAAUGAUAUUUUUGGUUUAAGUUUCUUAUGUAUAUGUAUAUAUAUAUGUAUUUUAAAUUUAAGAUUCUCUUCAUUAAAAAUUUUUGAACAUCUCUUGCAUGAGUAAUCACAAUUGUAAUCAUUGUGUUAAAACUUUUUCAUUUUCAAAUACGUAUCAAAAC